AUGGAAUUAAGCAAAAGAAACAUUUACUCCUUCAAGUUCAAAGAUCCCGAUCUAAGGAGCUUACGUAGCCCGGUCUCUCAGAUGCACCCUGUAUACAGAAUCAACUUUGGAAAGAAUUAUGGCAAUUUGCUCAGCAUCCUCAAUCAACAAGUGGACCAUACAACCUUGAUCACUUUAGCCCAAUUUGACGACUUACCUUUAAGAUGCUUCACAUUCCAAGACUUCCAUCUAGCACCAACGUUGGAAGAAUUCGAGCGUCUUGUUAGGAUUCCUAUGAAGGACAAGUCACUAUUUGAAGGGACAGAUGAAUCUUUGCCCCUCGAGGUCAUUGCUAGUGCGCUUCACAUGGAUGAAAAGGAAGCAAAAGACAACUUAGAGACCAAAGGGAAUACCAAAGGGUUUUCACUAAGUUUUCUUUUGGAAAGAGCUCAUACCCUGUUGAAGGCAGAAAGUUGGGAUGCUUGUUACUCUGCUAUUGCAUUGGCUAUCUAUGGCAUCGUCCUGUUCCCGAAUAUGGAUGGUUUCGUAGACAUGACCGCCAUUUGUGUUUUCCUUACUGGGAACCUAGUACCCACUUUGUUAGCCGAUGUAUAUUAUCACAUAAGUCAUAGGUAUAUUAAGAAGAAGGGAUUGAUUGCUUGUUGUGCUCCUUUAUUGUAUCAGUGGUUUCUAGAACAUCUUCCGAAGACAGGUGCUUGGGUUGAACAGACAGAUAUUAGUUCGCCUCAGAGAUUGGGAUCGCUCCGAUAUGAAGAUCUCUCUUGGUACUCCAAAGAAUAUAUCAACGUAGACAUCAUAUUCAGUUGUGGAGAUUUCCCAAAUCUACCGCUCAUUGGAACUCAAGGAUGUGUAAAUGCUAAUCUAGUUCUAUCACUCAGACAACUUGGCUACCCAAUGGAAGGCCCUCCAGAGGCAAAUUCUUUGGAAGCUUUCUUGUUACUUGACUUUGGAGUUGAGAAUCCUAGCUUAUUCCAGCGAAUCAAAGAAGCUUGGAAGAAUAUCAAUAAAAAAGGGAAAGCUGAGUUAGGGAGAGCAAAUGGGAUUACAAAAGAACCAUAUUAUCAGUGGGUAAAGGAAAGGAUGCAAAUGAUUAAAAUUCCAUUUGUCAUUCGGACACCUAUACCUCUUCCUGAACCUAAGCUCACCCAUGUCCCUAUUGAAGAAAUGGAGCAACUCAAGACCACCCUGGCAAAGCUAGAAAAAGAGAAUGAAGAGCUGUAG